AAUAUGUAAAAUAAUAUAAACAUAUAUAUGUUAAUAUAACAAUGAGUUUGUUUGUUGAUUUGCGACAAAUCAAGUCCUCUGUGUCAAAUUUGUCCGAGAUGGUAGAUAAAAUAUCAACGACAGUCGGCAAAGAAAAGUUUCAAAAGGAGCGAAAAAAAAGUGUAGAUUCUGCUCUUUACGGCGGCUCAAUAUAUAAACCGACAACUCUGGGUUUCGGCGUGCGGUUUUCUCAAAGUCAGGAGGAUAUAUUACACGAUAUGCCCUCAUCUAGAUUGCGUAGCCACAUGUCGCUACCAAAUUUAGGCAAAGAUGAUGAUAAGAUACCAUCAGCGAGACCGAAAAUUGUUGAAAUUGACGACGAGGAUACUCCGCAAGGAAAUAAAAAUUCUGUCCGAAUAUCAACGGAAAAUAUAAAUGAUUGGAUCGUUGCUUCCCUAAACAAGCGACCACACUUUGAUGACAGCGGUCACACUCAUCCGAUGGAUUUCAUUGAUAAUAUAAAAUACUAUAUUUCCGAAUUGAAUAUAUCAGCUGAAAAACAAUUAUCAUUUAUAAUAUCCUGUUUGGAGGGAUUGCCGCUAAUGUGGGCACGAUGCUUUAGGAGUGAAUUUAAAGACGCAGCUUCUUUUUAUGACGCUUUCGAGGAAGAAUUCUGGGGAAUGGAACGUCAGAAAGCUAUUCUUUAUGAUAUGAAAUUAGGGAAGUUCGAUGAAAACAAAUCGAGGAUGAGUAUGUCCGAAUAUUUCUUGUACAAGGUUUCAAAUUACAAACGUCUAAAUCCUCCACCUUCCGACUUAGAAAUCGUUUACUCUUUGGCUGCACAUUUUCCUUCUGUGGUUGAACUAGAAUUACGUCUGACACCAAAACCUACAUUGCGGGAGGCAUAUAGCUUACUACGACGUAGGGAAGGCGAGGCAAAUGACUUUCUGCCUAAUUACUUGUAUGAAAUGUGCGACGCUUUCCAAAGAGGCCUUCGACCAGAGUCAACGCAUCGCUACAAAGAACAGCAAGGCUCACAAAGUGAAGAAGACAAGAAAUCUAUGAAAUCUUAGCAAAUAAAUCUGCUGACUAUAAAACUUUAAGAAGAAGUUUACGCACAUUAAUUAAUAUGUUCCUAAUUUAUUUCCACAUAUAUUUUUCUUGUUUGAUUUUUAUAAUAAUGUUAAUUAGUUGUAUACUUCAUGCACAUAUAAAUAAUAAAAAAAUCCAUUCAAACAAAAAAAAAUGUUUUUGUUACUAUGCCAUAAUGUACGUACAUUCUACUAACAAGAAUAAAAAGUAUAAUAUUGACAUUACUCGU